AUGGUGUCUGCAGUAAUAUUGGUACAGAAUGCUACACCAGAGACGCUAAUACAAUUUCAAGAUCAAUUAUCAAAUGAUCUACCGACAAGGAAAGGUAAAUGGAGUUUUGUGUUUAAAAUAUUUAGAAACAAUCUGUAUGCAAUUCCAAAAGAAUUAGCUCAAGUAGUUGAACAAAAUCCAGAAUCAAAAUUUAUGUACACCUUAUCCCCUACGUACGUACCUGGAACCACAAUCUCACUAAUAGAUGGUAAAUCUGUUGGAGUGUUUACCAAUCCAAUACGGGAAGAAAUGGUAGAGUUAGGUCACCUGACUGAAUUAUGUAUACCAGAUAAUCAUCUUAGAUUAGGUGCAACUAUGGGAUUAAAUGAUAGUUUCGAUAUAUUUACAAAUUCAAAAUUACAAAGUUUAUGGGUUCAAAAGCAAAUGAUAAAGGGAGAUGGAGGACAAAUAUAUGAGUUAGAGAAUGGGAAUCUUUAUAUAAGGACGUCAAAUAUUUUUUUACAUGGUAAUUUUAGAGGUUUAUUGAUACAAAUUGAAAUUGAUGAUCAAUCUCCUAGUUAUAAAAAUCAAGACAUCAAGAAAAUUAUACAUCACAUUACUCAAAAAUAUGGAAUAUCAGACGAUAAUCUAAGCUGCGAUAGAUGGGACAGAUUAAUUAGAACUUCAAUCAUAACUAAGCUAUUACCUACCACAACUAAAAUGGUGAAAAGGUCAAAGACUGGCAAUAAGAAAGGUCAAAAGGUAGAAGAAAGAAAAGAAAAACGUCAAAAUGAAAAACAGGAAUUGAAAGAAUUACAGGAAAGAAUUCAAAACUACGAUCCAAAAGUUGAUGAAUCUAAUUUACAACAGUUUAGUGAUCUACCUAUAACAAAGAAUACCCUCCGAGGAUUAAAAGAAUCAGCAUUUGUAUCACUAACGGAUAUUCAGAAAAAGACCAUACCCAUAGCAUUACAAGGACAUGAUUUAAUGGGUACAGCUAGAACUGGAUCAGGUAAAACUUUAGCAUUUUUAAUACCAGUUAUUGAAAUAUUAAUCAAAAAUGAUAUUACAGAAUUUGAUGGAUUAGCAGCAUUAAUAGUGUCACCGACGAGAGAACUCGCAGUACAAAUCUUUGAAGUUUUAGCCAAAAUUGGUAAGUAUAAUUCUUUUUCAGCUGGUUUAGUUACUGGUGGGAAAGAUGUACAAUUUGAAAAAGAAAGAAUUUCAAGAAUGAAUAUAUUAGUGGGGACACCUGGUCGUAUUUCACAACAUUUGAAUGAAUCAGUAGGAAUGGAAACUUCAAAUUUACAAGUUUUGGUGCUAGAUGAAGCAGAUAGAUGUCUUGACAUGGGGUUCAAAAAACAAAUUGAUAAUAUAGUGAGUCACUUACCAACAUCUAGACAAACUUUAUUAUUCUCAGCAACCACAAGUGAUAGUGUUCAAGAUUUAGCAAGAUUAUCAUUGACAAACCCAAAGAGAAUUGGUACUUCAUCAGACAAUGAUGUUUCAGCUAUACCCGAAUCAUUGGAUCAAUACUAUGUCAAUAUUCCACUAAAUGAAAAACUAGAUGUGUUAUGGUCAUUUAUAAAAUCACAUUUAAAAUCUAAAAUUCUUGUCUUUUUCUCAUCAUCUAAACAAGUUCAAUAUGCAUAUGAAACAUUUCGUACACUUCAACCAGGUAUAUCAUUAUUAAAAUUGUAUGGACGUCAUAAACAGACAUCAAGAUUAGAAACAACAAUGAAAUUCUCACAAGCUCAACACGCAUGUUUAUUUGCGACAGACAUAGUGGCUAGAGGAUUAGAUUUUCCAGCGAUUGAUUGGGUUAUUCAAAUGGAUUGUCCUGAAGAUGUGGCUACAUAUGUUCAUAGAGUGGGGCGAUCAGCAAGAUUUGGAAGACAAGGUAAGUCUUUGCUAAUGCUUUUACCAUCAGAAAAGGAAUUUUUAAAUAAACUAGAACAAAAUAAAAUAGCUCCAAAAUUAAUGAACAUUAAAGAAAAAAGCAAGAAAUCAAUAAGACCUCAAUUACAAUCAUUAUGUUUCAAAGAUCCAAUCAUAAAAAAUUUAGGACAAAGAGCAUUUAUUGCAUAUUUCAAAUCAAUCUAUAUACAGAAGGACAAAGAUGUAUUUAAAGUUGAUGAAUUACCAGUAGAAGCAUAUGCUGCAUCUUUGGGUUUACCAGGUGCACCAAAAAUUAAAAUCAAAGGUGGAGAAUCCAGCAAAGAAAAGAAAAAUGAAUCAAGAAAAUUACAAGAGUUAAGAAAAGCUGAUGUUGAUGGAGAAAUAAAAGAAGAAAAUGGUAAGGUUAGAACAAAAUACGAUCGUAUGUUUGAUAGAAAAAAUCAAACUAUUUUAUCUGACCAUUAUUUGAAUAUGACAAACAGUAAAGCUGAUAAAGACGAUGAUGAAGAUGAAGAAGAUUUCAUGACUGUCAAACGUCAAGACCAUGAUUUACAAGAUGAAGAUUUACCAGAUCUUCUGUUACCUGUUUCAAAAAGACAAGCUAAAAAGGCACUUUCCAAAAAAGCUACAUUAACAUCUAAGGGAAAUCCAACUAAACUCAGGUUCGAUGAUGAUGGAGUUGCUCAUGCCUUAUAUGAAUUAGAAGAUGAGGAAGAUUUUAUCAAAGCUGGUGAUGCUAAACAACAAAAGCAAGAUUUUGUUAAUAAAGAAAAAGAAGCUAUGAAAGUUACUGAUAUGACAGAUAAAGAAGUUGAAAGACAAAAGAGACAAGAAAAGAAAAGAAAAAGAAAAGAAGUCGAAAGAAGAAUGAGAGAAGAAGAAGAAGAGGAAAGUGAUUAUGAUGAUAAUGAAGCACCUGAUUUAGAACGUGAUAUGGAGGAAAAACCUAAAACUAAUAACAAAUCAACUUGGUUCAAAGAUGAUGAACCAGAUCACAAAAAACAAAAAUCUAACAAGUUUGUUGAAAUUGAAGAACCUGAAACUUUGGAAGAUCUUGAAUCAUUAGCAGCUAAAUUAAUAGGUAAUUAA